CGUUAGUUGUUGCUCUAUUUGCCGUUGCAGCUUCGGGUGACGUCCGUGACCGCACUCAGCUCGAACCUCGUUCACCGGAGGUUCAUUUUGUGUGCAAUUGUGCAUGCCGUGGUUUGCGAGUUGCCAGCUGCCUUCCAGUCGAGACUCUGGAGCUGUACGGUCAGCAGUUGACUGAACGGCUGCUGUAACGUCGCUAUAGCGGUAGAGCUUCUGCUGCUCACUGAGUGUACGACGGUUACCAAGCGCAAGGAGCUUUGACGUUAAGCAGUUCCACGCAUCGUAACGAUAAAGCUGUCGUGGCGCUGCCAAGAUGUCGACCUCACUCCUCCUCUUGAUAUGUAUUCUGCGAUCUGCAAGUUCAGUUCCUGUAUUUAGAAGGCAGGCGGCUGUGAGUGAACUGGGCUCAAUUCGAGAUCGAACUUCUCGAUUUGGGGGAAAUUUUGGGGAAGGAUGGGGCCUGGAUUGGAGCGGCCGGUUAUUGCCGACAUCAAAAAAUGAAAAUUCAGCCACUCAAUAUCAGGUUUCCUCGGCUUCCAAUGCACGUGGAAAUAUCAGAUCUCCGAAUUUUGUGUCCAUGGCUUCGAACAGUUAUCCCAUCAGGCGACAAUUCGCGCAUAAUUUAGGGUACAAUUCCCGGAAUCCGUUGUAUUCAAGUCCGUAUUUAUUACAUCACUGGAAAUCGAGGCGAACUGCACCACCAGUACGCUUCGAGACCAGCCCCUCCUCUAGCGUUUCGAAUGGCGAUAACCUAUCGAAUUUCGCCUAUCAUUUGAACAGAGUUUCAUCUCAUAGACGUAAAUCAUCCAUGAACAGAGUGCCUGUGCAAACUAUGUAUGGCACCAGAAUGGAAAACCAAUACGAAAAUAAUUCAUCGUUAAAAUCAAAGGAAGAGACGGAAAUCAAUCCGAGUUUCAAAAGUGAAAGUGAGAUGGUUGAAAAAUUGUUCAACGAAUCGGAUGAGAUGGAAGGCGAAGAUAUGAAUUACCCAGAUAUUAUAGUCAGUUCUACUUUUAACUUGGGCCCUUCAUUGUCAAAUCACACAAUGGCUGUCAACGACAAUGAUUAUGAAGACAAUGAAAGCUCAAAUGAAAAGUCUGAUGAGAAUACAAUAGUAACUAGCAACGAAAUUCGGGGCAAAAUUGACGCUCAUUUGCCGUCGUCCACGCCAACAAAUUCGGCAGGUGAAAGAACCGUGUACCAACAUUUUUUGCUCGGUGAUUCAAAAGAUUUGCAGAAGUUGAUUGAAAAUGACGAGGAAAGUAACGUUAUUAUUACGGACGCGCACGACUCGAUGGAUACUGGGAAAAGUUUUGACAACGUUUUAGACAGCAGGAGUGAUAAAAUCCUUUUAAUGCCAGAUUACCCCAUGGAUCCUGCGGUGGAGAACGAGCAUAAUGUUAUAUACCUGAAAAUAGUUCCUCCCAAAUUGAGGUUGAAGGGAUCGAAGCUAAAAGAACCCUUAGAUACCAGUAAUGAAAAUGUGGAUGCUCACGAAUUCGGCUUCGUCCUGCCUGAAACUGCCAAAGGAGGGACUCAAAGAUAUCGAGAAAAUCUCGUUCAAAGUUCGAUGAAAUUUGAUCGAAUUGAAAAUCAAAUUGCAGCCGUCAAUCGAAUCGGAAAUGCAGAACCUUCAGAAAUUAUUAAAUUAGAAGGAACAGAACAAAAAAUGUCCGAAAAUCUCAGCCCUAGACCGAGACUCGAUGAUACCAAUUCGCUGGACGAUGGCCAUUCCUCAAUUGAUUUUGAAAUUCAAAAGCUGGAUCAUCCAGCAACAGCCAAGAGCAAACCGAAUUUGAAAAACUUCCCUGACGUCGAACAAAGAUCCAGCUCUCCGGCUAACCAGAACAAGCAACUAUCAUCUGGUUCUCGGUCCAACUAUUCCCCAACGACUGUGCAUGGACAGCAAAGUUCGGGAACAUAUUUCGGAUAUAACCAACCAGGGGGAAAAGAGAAACCGUAUGGGCAGAAGUAUCCGGGUUGGGCUAAUGUGCAGCCAUACCAAUAUUCGGAACAGGAUCCUCUAACAGGGUCCUUCAAGUUUGGCUACGGUGAUCAGUACCAAUGGCGGCACGAGGAGCGGAGGACUGACGGUGUAGUUUUCGGAGGGUACGGCUGGCUGGACGAAACGGGCCAGCACCACGUCACCCGCUUCGUCAGCGACCGGUUGGGGUACAGAGUCCUGCCUGAAGGAGGAGAGAUUGACUUCAGCGCCCUUCCCGUUUAUCCUCCAAUCAAAGAAGACGACCAGUCAUCGGCUGGAUCACAAGAUGGCUACAAUAAUUUAUCAUUCAUAACCCCAGAGCCUCUGCCUCCACCUCCAUCUUAUGUAAGUUUCCCCCCUUCCCCACCUUCUGCCCAGAGUUCGGUCCCCACACCAGACGAAAACAUCCCACAAGUUCAUCCCCCAGUAACAUACCCUGGUUCCAUUCUACCUUUAAUUGAAGCUGCUUCUAAUUCAGAAAGUGUAACCAGCAACGUCGUAUCAGGUAAUUAUAACAUUGGUAUCCUAAAUUCCGUUAUAAAUCCUGGUAACUCUAACGGAUCUUCUGCCAUUCCCCAAAGUAUACUGGACAGUCUCAUACAACAAGAAAAAGCUCAACGGAAAAAAGCUCGCGGUGAAAAUGAAAUCACCACACCUGUUGAAAGCUUAGUUCAACGGUCCCAGAGCUUAGCUAGUUUUGCAUCAGCAGUUAAUAGAGCAUCCCAGCAGCAAAACUACCGCGGGCUUAUGAAUUCGUUCAAUUCAGAGAAUGCGGAAGAAUAUAAAUCAAGCAGGACUUCGGAUGUUGAUGACAGGACUCAAAACGCCGUGGAAGAAUUGAAAGAUACUGAACCAAAGGAAUUCAAUUCAAUAAUCAACGACGAAGAAGAAAUUUUCACAACGUAUCGGCCUUUCACUGUUGAUUUCGGAGAAUCUAGCAAGAACGUCGGCUCUGUACCGAAACAUGGAGAUUCUCUUCGCCCUGGAAAUGCUGAUCGACAAAACCGAAUCUGGUCCAGCAGUGUCAUACGUCUGGAAACACCUGUCAGGCCGAACAUGAAUGAUUUCGGUGAAAAAACUGAAUAUUAUAAAAAACCUUCGAACGAAAUUGAAAAUUUUUCAUUUCAUUCCGCGAAAAAUAACAACGAAAAACGCGAAGAUUAUCAUAUUCACUUUCAAGAACAUGUCGUUCCCGAAGGCGAUUUUGGAUCUAAAAUUCGAACGGACGGCACUGAAGACGCAAGUAAAGUUGUGAACGAAACUGCGGAAUGGGAAUCUCCUGUGUACAAGGGAUCGCUUAAAUGGAAAAUUCCUGUUCUUGGGUUGUUUGAAUAGUAUAAUUAGAAUAACGGCUGAUUGGUUAACCAUUAAAUGAUAGGCGAAUAGAAUAACUUUUUCUAACGGUAAUUAUUUCGAUGAGCUCACAGGGGCUAGCAUGAGUGAAAACAUUGUGAUUUUUUGUGUAUUGUUGAAGCAAUUUUUUUUAUAUUUUUAUUUUGAUGUUAAUGCUAUGAUAAUAA